AUGUCGCUCCCGUCGACCAAACCCGCUCAGCUCUCCAUCCGCUCCUUCUUCCAAGCAAAGACUCCGAAAUACGCUCCUCCGCCCUCUGCCGCUCUCUCAACACCGCCGCCGCCGCCGCCGGCAGCUGCUGCCCCUCCACCAGCCGUAUCUCCCCCCUCUGAGCAAGAGGAACUCGACGAGACGUCCACGUUCGAACUCCCGCCUCUGCCAACGUCUCUUCCCCCCGAAGCCGACAUUCGCCUCGUCUCACCCUCUGACAUCAACGCUUUGCGCCGCAUCAACGCCCUCCUUCUACCCGUCAGUUACCCCGACAACUUCUAUCAGCGCGCAGUCGAUCCCGCCGCCUCCGGCCGCUUCUCGCGCGUCAUCACAUGGGCGCAUGACGGCGCUGAGCCCAAGGUGGUCGGCGGAGUCGUCUGUCGCCUCGAGCCUAUUCUCGACUCCAAGACCCAUGGCCAGGUGCCGCAGAACCUCUACAUCCAGUCCCUUUGCCUCUUGUCGCCGUACCGGUCGCUGGGGUUGAUCAAUGCCGCUGUGGAUAACAUCAUUGCGACGGCCGUGUCGGAUUCUAGUCUCGACGUGGCCUCUGUCACGGCGCAUGUCUGGACUGAGAACGAGGAGGGCCUCAAGUGGUAUGAAGGACGAGGCUUCAAGAAGGACGACCAACCCAUCCGUGGCUACUAUUUAAAACUCCGCCCCGACUCGGCCUGGCUGGUUCACCGUCCCGUCGGCGCCUCCGUUCGAAGCUCCCUACCUUCUUCGUCAUCCUCGGCAGCUCCACCCUCUAUUCCCGCCAGCACGACUGCUGCCGUGGUGAACCUCCCUCCCAUGUCGGGCCCUCCUAAGGAUGGGGCCUCCAGGCCACCACUCCCCCCCUCUGGUCGAUCCUAUCAGAAUCAACGCCCAGAGACGGAAUGGAAUGACAUGCCCGAAGACAUGGUGGGCGGUCUGUUGGUGCCGCCGGGUCGCAAGCCUCUUCGCGAACCGGGCUCUGGCGCAAGCUCGAGAAGCAGCUCCACGGCUCGAAAGAAGAGAGAUCGCUCUUACCCUGCUGCCGCCUUUGGCAGCUAG